CCAUCGAGCAUUAAUUACACGGGUCCUGUAACGCGCACGUCAACAAUUGACAGUCGUGAGCUGGAUUUAAUGGUGCAACGGGAUGGUUAUCUGAUUGUUCCAAGCUAUAGCGAGGUGAUGCUCAUGGAUCCAGCCAAUGCACUCAACCAGCACGUCCUUCCCAGUGGUCACAUCCGAAAUCGAAAUCGCGCCGUAACGGCCUGCAAUGAAAAUGUCAUAACAAAUUAUGGAGCCGUACGGAAUUCGCCGCGGCGUUAUCGGCGGAACGAACAAAGACGAUCGUCGAUUCGUCGUUAUUUCGUUGAUCGAAUACCUCUUCGGAGUAGAUCCAUGAGUCUGAUGCUAAGCAAGAUAACUGGUCGCUCUGAUCCUCAAGCGGUAGCAACACCUUCUUCUGCGCUACCACGGACAGUCAGUGGCCCACCACGGUCCGCAAGCAUUGGCGGAUUAUCGGCAGCUUGGCGCUCCUCCGGAUAUAAUUCCAUUAGUGAGGAGGCAAUGGACGACUGCCAUCCACUGAUUGAGCCGAUGAGGCCAAUUGACGAACCGCCUCCUCCUUACGAGGUGGCACUGAAAAUGUGCGCGCCACUAUACGAGCGGUUACGGCGAUCGGCAAAUUCAUUAACGUCAAAGCUGAAUUCACUGUCACAGUCAAGCAGCAAAGAACUAUCCUACAAAAGACAAGGGCGUGUAGAAGGUCAAGGUUCUAGCAAAGACGGUGGUGAAUACUGA